AUGGGGAAGGAAAUUAAUCAGCGCAAAGAAGAGGCUUCGUCAUGGCUGACUGCAACUGAAAAGAUGAAUAUUCCAACAGAUAUUAGGGAUUCAAGCCCGUUAGUUCCAAAAGAUAAGCGUCUUCUUUCUAAAGAAAGAUUAAGCGCAAUUCUGGAGAAGAGCUCGCAGGAAGAAAACUUGAAGAAUACAUUGGAAGAAGAUGAUAUGGCUAACAAUACUGUGAAUGCGGAGCGGCAACUUAUUGAAUAUAGGAAGCCCUCGAUUUUGCUAUCUCCUUUAAACUUAUUGUCUUGCUUUGAUAUUCUAGCGGAUAUAUCAGAGGAUCAGCCUAAUGUUAUAAAGGAAGAACAAGGAAAGGUGGACGAUAGAAUGGCGGAUGAAGUUGCAAGUGACUCUGAAACUGAAUUGGCAUAUACGGAUUCUGGAGAAGGAAUUCAUGUUAUAAGCCAACAAGAUGUGACACGUGAUGAUGGAGAUAUUGGAAACUUUACAAUGGAAUGCUUCCUUUUCCCCAAGUUUUACAAAAAUUAG